UACAAAGCACUGAAUCAAAUUCCUUGAAGAAACCAUUUCGAUUUGGAUGAAAUUGCAACUAGCACACAUUGCAUUAGCCUACUUUAAUAAAACUGAAUUCCCAGCUUCUCAAUCGAUCGAGCCACGUGACAGCUCGUUUUCGCGAAACAAGCACAUCACCCUUGCAAAUCAGGUAUAUGCGCUGCGUCAACCGUUUGGGGUUUAGCCUAGGGCGGCUAUUGCUAGACUUUUAGUAGCCUAUAUCAGAACAUGGCUAGGUUUGUAGUAGAGGUGUUUCUUGUCCUUGUUCUCUCCGCCACCAAUGCGGCGCAGGAGGAGGUCAUUGAUGUGAUUCUAGCCAGUCUCGCCAAAAGCGCAUCGUUCCUGGAGCAAGAGCACCGUAACAUCAACCUGGACGGAGUGGUCGGGUACAUCAUCCUGCAGGCGGAGUUGAAGGAAGCAGUGAGAACGUGGCCCCACACUGACCCUCUGAGCUGGUCUCAGCGCACCGCUACGGUAACCCUGGUCAGGAGGCUGGACCAGAGCCUGGCUAAGGCUGUCACCCAGCUGGAGAAGACUGACCCCAAAUACUACAGAGAGUUUGAGCCUCUGUUGAGCUGGACCUUCUGGUCAGUACCUCAUGAGUGGAGCUCCACAGAUCCCUCUCUGGCCUACUCCUCCGGUCGAACCAUGGAGUGUUACGAUGAGACGCAGAGCGACAAGUGUAUGACCCUGCUACUGGGAACAUGGAAGAACAACGGGACCCCUUGCAUCGUGACCAAGUCAUGUCGUGACACAAUGACGAGGUUUGGAUGUCCUAACUACUCCCUCUCUCACCAGCUGCUCUACUUCAUGCUGGGAGCCAAUAGAGGUUGUUCUGCCAUGUUGAAGGGGGACAUGCGUACGUCGCGUGCUAACCUAACAGAGAGACAGUACCAGGGGACAUUCUGCUCCAACAUGCUGAAGGGAAACAUGGACAUCAUACAGAAGAACUUCACUGGGGAGACCCAGGACAUCUUCAUCGAAAACAUACUGCUGUGUGGAUUGGCUGGUUUCUCUGACUUUCUCAAAGUUGAUUGGCUGCAGCACAUUCUGAGGCUGCAGGAUCAGGAAGUGGGAUGUUUUACACAGCCCCACAGAAGAGUGAAGAGGAGAGAGAGAAUGUUGAAGGAUGGUUGUUCCAGUCACAUAACAGGCGUGUCAGUGAGCGCUCUGGGAGGAUACCUCAACUACUUCCUGACAGAGCAGGACAUCACCAAGAGACCACUCACCUGAAUGUCAACCACCCUUCACCUGGAUGUGUGACCCUUCACCUGAAUGUCAACCACCCUUCACCUGGAUGUGUGACCCUUCACCUGGAUUGUCAACCACCCUUCACCUGAAUGUGUGACCCUUCACCUGGAUGUGUGACCCUUCACCUGGAUGUGUGACCCUUCACCUGGAUGUGUGACCCUUCACCUGGAUGUGUGACCCUUCACCUGGAUGUCAACCACCCUUCACCUGGAUGUGUGACCCUUCACCUGGAUGUCAACCACCCUUCACCUGGAUGUGUGACCCUUCACCUGGAUGUGUGACCCUUCACCUGGAUGUGUGACCCUUCACCUGGAUGUGUGACCCUUCACCUGAAUGUCAACCACCCUUCACCUGGAUGUGUGACCCUUCACCUGGAUGUGUGACCCUUCACCUGAAUGUCAACCACCCUUCACCUGGAUGUGUGACCCUUCACCUGAAUGUCAACCACCAUUCACCUGGAUGUGUGACCCUUCACCUGGAUGUGUGACCCUUCACCUGGAUGUGUGACCCUUCACCUGGAUGUCAACCACCCUUCACCUGGAUGUGUGACCCUUCACCUGGAUGUCAACCACCCUUCACCUGAAUGUCAACCACCCUUCACCUGGAUGUCAACCACCCUUCACCUGGAUGUGUGACCCUUCACCUGGAUGUGUGACCCUUCACCUGGAUGUCAACCACCCUUCACCUGGCUGUGUGACCCUUCACCUGGAUGUGUGACCCUUCACCUGGAUGUGAACCACCCUUCACCUGGAUGUCAACCACCCUUCACCUGGAUGUGUGACCCUUCACCUGGAUGUGUGACCCUUCACCUGGAUGUGAACCACCCUUCACCUGGAUUGUCAACCACCCUUCACCUGAAUGUCAACCACCCUUCACCUGGAUGUGUGACCCUUCACCUGAAUGUGUGACCCUUCACCUGGAUUGUCAACCACCCUUCACCUGGAUGUGUGACCCUUCACCUGGAUGUGUGAUCCUUCACCUAGAUGUGUGACCCUUCACCUGAAUGUCAACCACCCUUCACCUGGAUGUGUGAUCCUUCACCUGGAUGUGUGACCCUUCACCUGAAUGUCAACCACCCUUCACCUGGAUGUGUGACCCUUCACCUGAAUGUCAACCACCCUUCACCUGGAUGUGUGACCCUUCACCUGAAUGUCAACCACCCUUCACCUGGAUGUGUGACCCUUCACCUGGAUGUGUGAUCCUUCACCUGGCUGUGUGACCCUUCACCUGAAUGUCAACCACCCUUCACCUGGAUGUGUGACCCUUCACCUGGAUGUCAACCACCCUUCACCUGGCUGUGUGACCCUUUACCUGGAUGUGUGACCCUUCACCUGGAUGUGUGACCCUUCACCUGGAUGUGUGACCCUUCACCUGAAUGUCAACCACCCUUCACCUGGAUGUGUGAUCCUUCACCUGGAUGUGUGACCCUUCACCUGAAUGUCAACCACCCUUCACCUGGAUGUGUGACCCUUCACCUGAAUGUCAACCACCCUUCACCUGGAUGUGUGACCCUUCACCUGAAUGUCAACCACCCUUCACCUGGAUGUGUGACCCUUCACCUGAAUGUCAACCACCCUUCACCUGGAUGUGUGACCCUUCACCUGAAUGUCAACCACCCUUCACCUGGAUGUGUGACCCUUCACCUGGAUGUGUGAUCCUUCACCUGGAUGUGUGACCCUUCACCUGAAUGUCAACCACCCUUUACCUGGAUGUGUGAUCCUUCACCUGGAUGUGUGACCCUUCACCUGGAUGUGUGACCCUUCACCUGAAUGUCAACCACCCUUCACCUGGAUGUGAACCACCCUUCACCUGGAUGUGUGACCCUUCACCUGGAUGUCAACCACCCUUCACCUGGCUGUGUGACCCUUUACCUGGAUGUGUGACCCUUCACCUGGAUGUGUGACCCUUCACCUGGAUGUGUGACCCUUCACCUGAAUGUCAACCACCCUUCACCUGGAUGUGUGACCCUUCACCUGAAUGUCAACCACCCUUCACCUGGAUGUGUGACCCUUCACCUGAAUGUCAACCACCCUUCACCUGGAUGUGUGACCCUUCACCUGAAUGUCAACCACCCUUCACCUGGAUGUGUGACCCUUCACCUGGAUGUGUGAUCCUUCACCUGGAUGUGUGACCCUUCACCUGAAUGUCAACCACCCUUUACCUGGAUGUGUGAUCCUUCACCUGGAUGUGUGACCCUUCACCUGGAUGUGUGACCCUUCACCUGAAUGUCAACCACCCUUCACCUGGAUGUGAACCACCCUUCACCUGGAUGUGUGACCCUUCACCUGGAUGUCAACCACCCUUCACCUGGCUGUGUGACCCUUUACCUGGAUGUGUGACCCUUCACCUGAAUGUCAACCACCCUUCACCUGGAUGUGAACCACCCUUCACCUGGAUGUGUGACCCUUCACCUGGAUGUGAACCACCCUUCACCUGGAUGUGUGACCCUUCACCUGAAUGUCAACCACCCUUCACCUGGAUGUGUGACCCUUCACCUGAAUGUCAACCACCCUUCACCUGGAUGUGAACCACCCUUCACCUGGAUGUGAACCACCCUUCACCUGGAUGUGUGACCCUUCACCUGGAUGUGUGACCCUUCACGUGGAUGUGUGACCCUUCACCUGGAUGUGUGACCUUUCACCUGGACAUGUGUCCUAAAUAGCACCCAAUUAUUUACUUAUACCACUACCUCUGACCAGGCAAACCCAUAGGGCUCUGGUGAAAAGUAGUGCACUUAUGUAGGGCAGUGUGUAUCCAUCCUCUCUUGGGGACACCCAGUCGUUCUAUUCCACAGCACCAGGGGUGGAAACUACUUAACUAGUACUUUAAAGUCAUUUUACUUCAGUAGUUUUUGGAGGAAUCUGUACUUUACUAUUUAUAUUUUUGACAAUUUUACUUUUAUUUCACUACAUUCCUAAAGAAAAUAAAUGCACUUUUCCCUCCCAACAUUUUCCCCGACACCCAAAAGUACACGUUACAUUUUGAAUGCUUAACAGGAGAGGAAAAUGGUCAAAUUCACGCACUUAUCAAAAUAACAUCCCUGGUCAUCUCUA